AUGAGGAGUGACAAAGAGACACCACUUGAGCCACGAGUCAAGAGGACCGUAGCUGACAAAUGGGUACAACCACAUGGUCCCCCAGUCGGGUCCACCUUCGGCGCCAGACUUCUAGGCGAAGACUCUGAUCCUUACUCUCACAACACCUGGGAUCAUGUGGUCUUACCAGAUGGAUUUGAGCAGAUGGCAAAGGAAGUUUUGGAAGUACAUAGAUCUAGUCCUGUUUCGCCAGAGAAGAGGGACGCAUUCAACGCCCGUCCUGCUGAAUACUGGAAUGCAUUCUACUCUGUCCAUUCCGCCGCGUUCUUCAAAGAUAGACGUUGGCUUAGACUGGAAUUUCCAGAGCUGAUAGCUUGUACUGAACCUGACGCUGGACCCAAGAUCGUCUUGGAAGUGGGAUGUGGAGCUGGUAACACUGUUUUCCCACUCAUGCACCAUAACGAGAACCCAAACUUGAUCGUACAUGCGACCGACUAUUCUAAGACAGCCGUCGAUAUAGUCAGAGCAAACCCAAUGUACCCAAUACCUCCUCAUGGCAUCGGCCGCAUGCAUGCCAACGUGUGGGAUAUCACAUCCACUCCUGGCGCUGGCCCAAGCAGGUCUCAAAAUGGCGAUCAAACUUUCCCUCCUUCCGUGGAGUCUGAAGAAUCUGAACAUGGACGGAGAACAGAUCAGACCUGGGUUCUGCCGAAAGGUGUCGAACCGGGUUCAGUAGACGUCAUCACUGUCAUCUACGUUCUUUCGGCUUUGCACCCGACAGAAUGGCGACAAGCCAUUCAUAAUCUAUAUACUGCAUUGAAGCCGGGAGGAUUGUUACUCAUACGCGAUUAUGGUAGGCAUGACCUUGCCCAGUUGAGAAUAAAGAAAGAUAGAUUGUUAGAUCCUGAUACUCCUAAUCUGUAUAUUCGGGGUGACGGGACAAGGGUGUAUUUCUUCACGAAGGAGGAAUUGGAGAGUAUGGUGCUUGCGCCGCCUCAGGGAGGAACGGGGAAAGGGAAUAUGUUCGAGAUUGAGCAAUUGGGGGAAGAUCGGCGGCUGUUGAUCAAUCGUAAAGAACGUCUCAAGAUGUAUCGGAUAUGGAUGCAAGUGAAAGCCAGAAAGUUGUCACCAUCUGCGCCUUCAUAGAUUUUGUCCGUCAUAGAAUUUUCCAUCUAGCGGGAUCAUGAUGCAUCUUGUUUCGUAUCU